AGACUGCCCCGGCACCGGCAGCCACCAGGCGGGCGAGGCCGCCGCCUGCCAGGGAUGCCCCAACCAGGGCGUGUGCGCCUCGGCCAGGCCCAGCGCCGGCCCCGACCCAGCUAUCGAAGAAAUCAAGGAGAAGAUGAAAGCCAUCAAGCACAAGAUCCUGGUGUUGUCUGGGAAAGGAGGCGUCGGCAAGAGCACCUUCACAGCUCACCUGGCGCAUGGCUUGGCAGAGGAUGAAACCAAGCAGAUUGCUGUCCUGGACAUUGAUAUUUGUGGACCGUCGAUACCGAAAAUAAUGGGCCUCGAGGGGGAGCAGGUUCAUCAGAGUGGGUCUGGCUGGUCUCCAGUGUAUGUUGAAGAGAAUCUCGGCGUGAUGUCGGUGGGGUUCUUGCUCGGCAGCCCUGACGAUGCCGUCAUUUGGAGAGGACCCAAGAAGAACGGAAUGAUUAAGCAGUUUCUCCGAGACGUGGACUGGGGUGAAAUUGACUACCUGAUUUUAGACACGCCUCCAGGAACCUCCGAUGAGCACCUGUCCAUAGUUCAGUAUCUCAGCUCUACCCAUAUAGACGGGGCAGUCAUCGUCACCACCCCCCAGGAAGUGGCACUUCAGGAUGUUCGGAAAGAGAUUAAUUUCUGCCGUAAGGUGAAGCUGCCAAUAAUCGGAGUUGUUGAAAAUAUGAGUGGCUUCGUGUGUCCGAAAUGCAAGAAAGAAUCUCAGAUAUUCCCUCCGACCACCGGAGGCGCAGAGUCCAUGUGUCAUGCGUUAAACGUGCCUCUUCUGGGGAAAGUGCCCCUGGACCCUCAAAUAGGAAAAAGCUGUGACACAGGACGCUCGUUCUUUUCUGAGAUACCAGAUUCUCCAGCAACGUUAUCCUACAGGGAUAUUAUCCAAAGAAUCCAAGACUGCUGUAGCCACAACCGCCCCCAGGAAGAGCAAAACCCUUAAAGAAACCAGCAUAGGAAUGCAUACAUAGGAA